AUGGGUUCACCACCAACAACAAAGACAUAUGGUUAUAUAUUUUGUGCAUUAGCUAUUGGUAUUUCAAGUAUAUUGAUUCAAGCUCGACAUUCUCCUAGAUGGAUGAAAUAUCUUCCACAAAAUGUAGCCUCCACAAAAUCAUACGAGUCAUUCGAAUCGUUUUAUCCACACUACCUGGAUGAACACACUCUACAUAUAACACGGCAAUUGCAUUAUGUAGGCACAUCAUUAUUUCUUAUAACGAUGGUUAUGCAACCAACAUUAAUUAUUCCAGCUGUGGCAGCAGCUAUGACUGGAUAUUCAUUAGUACCCUUUCUACGUGGAUUUGCAACUGGUAUCCCAGAAAUGGCUAUAAUGCUCCUUAUUUAUAUCCUUGGUGGACGUUUAUUGGGAAAAUCAUAUGUUGCUAUGAUGAAACCACUUGUUUUUUCCUACAGUUUUGCAUGGAUUGGACAUUUUUUCUAUGAAAAAAAUAAACCGGCAACAUUUAUCUAUCCCACCUAUAGUUUUAUGGGAGAUUUUAGAUUGGUAUUCGAUGCCAUUAAAUCUCAAAUAUCGUCAUGA